UAAGUGCCGCGGCUGCUCGGAGAGCCCCCGGCUGUGUGGGGCGGAGGCCCGCACCCAGGCGGACCGAUUUCGUUCCCUUGAACUUUGUUCGGAAGCCGGGGCUGACGCUGCCUGUUUCCCCGUGCCCGCCCCGCCCGAGCGCAUCGCCGCUCAGCGCCCUGGCCACCUGCCCCGCAAGAUGUGAGCGCGGGGACAGCUCCCUGGGGACCCGGCUCGCCCCGCCGCUGCCUGCCGCAGGGACACCGUGACUUGGGUGCUCCCGCUCGCUGCGGUUCCGAGCGCGCUGCUGGGGGAGCCGGGCCGAGUCGCGCACCGGGGUGCCAUGCCCAACUGAUCCCCAGAAGCAUGUUUGGGCUAGAGCAGUUUGAGCCGCAGAUGAGCAGCAGAAACGCCGGACAAGGAGAAAGAAACUUUAGCCAGGCCGGACUGACCAUGAGCUCCCACUUCAAAUCGGCAGCUUUCCACUCUGGGGGCCCCGCGGACCCGGCCAUCAGCGCCCUGGCCGAGCCUGCCAUCCUGGGCAUGAACAUGAACAUGGCUGGGGAAGCGUACGGCUUCCACGCCCGGGGACACUCGGAGCUGCAUGCAGGGGGGAUGCAGGCUCAGCCGCUUCACGGCUUUUUCGGCAACCAGCAGCCUCACCACGGUCAUCCCACCAGCCACCACCCGCACCAGCAUCACCCGCACUUCAGCGGCAACUUUGGGUCCGAGCCCAGCGCGUCCUGCUUGCAUGGAGGGCGGCUGAUGAGCUACAACAACAUGGGCAGCCAGCAAGCGUUUGCGGAGGGAUAUGAACAUAUGGCCGAGAACCAAGGAGGCGAAGGCUUUGGCCAGCAAAGGUCAGGUAACAUGCCUGACUUCCAGCACAACUCCAGCGCCUCUAACCACGCCGUGCCAGCACCCUGCCUCCCACUGGAUCAGUCCCCCAACCGGGCUGCCUCCUUCCAUGCGCUUCCAGCCUCCAGCUCCUCGGAUUCCCACAGCCUGGAGCAGAGGAGGCUUCCCCACCAGGGAGGCGUCGAUUCUUUGGAAUACAAUUACCCCAGCGAUGGCCCUUCAGGACACUUUGAUCUGCCAGUGUUUUCUCCUUCCGAGUCAGACGGGCAGCUUCCUCACUAUGGUGCUGGCAGACAAGUUCCUGGGGGCGGCAGUUUCCCUGGCACAUCUGUUUUGCCCAGAGCACCAGGCAUAGCGGGGAUGUCCAAAGUUCACCCGCAGCAGCAACAUGGUGUGUUCUUUGAAAGGUUUGGAGGUGCUCGAAAGAUGUCUGUGGGCAUGGAGCCUGGCGUUAAUGCCAGACAUCCUUUAAUGCAACAGCAGCAACAGACAGGUUUACUGGCCAGACAAAACUCCUGUCCGCCAGCAAUUCCUAGGCAACAGCAAACAGAAGCCAAUACUCCCAACCCCAACUUGCAGGACAAUGGGCCAAUAAUGCAGAACCAGCAUGCACAGUUUGAAUACCCUAUUCAUAGACUGGAGAAUAGGAAUAUGCAUCCAUAUACUGAUCCCGUGUUUAAUAUGCAGCACCCUCCUCCGCAGCAACAACCAAAUCAAAGACUGCAACAUUUCGAUGCUCCCUACAUGAACGUGGCCAAGAGGCCUAGGUUUGACUUCCCCAGUAACCCCGCUGUCGAUAGGUGCGCGUCCUGGAAUAACAAUCUGCACAGCGCGGGCAUGGAAAACCAUCUAUCGCCUUCCGCCUACCCUGGCCUUCCGGGCGAGUUCACGCCCCCGGUGCCGGAGAGCUUUGCGCCGGGGCCGCCGCUCCAGCACGCAGGCCCGGACCCCCAGGCCCUGCAGCAGCGCCAGAACGCCGCCCUGAUGAUCAAGCAAAUGGCGUCCAGGAACCAGCAGCAGAGACUCAGGCAGCCCAGCCUGCAGCAGCUGGGGCACCACGCGGACGUCGGCCCGAGCAGCCUGGUGCACGCGGGCCCCGGCAUAGCCAUGACCCGCAUCCCGGCAGAACUCGAGCGCGAGAGCGGGCGGCGGGCCAACUUCGAGCCGCAGCUCGCACGCCCGGACAGGGCUGGUUCCCCGCCCGCACCCGCGGGGGAGCUGCUGUCGCGCAAUGGGCGGCCCCGACGACCGGCACUGAGCCGCACAGAGCUCACCGGCGAGAACGGCCCGCCUAGCUCUCCGGCGGCCGGACGGACACCUGCCGCCCUGCACUUCCCGGGCGUCCACUCCAGUGUCGCGCCGCAGCACGACUGGCCGCUACGAGUCGAUAACCCACGUCACGCAUUCCCCAAAGAAGAAUGGCUCUCAGCCCGAAAAAGGGCAAGCGAAGCGUGGUCCCCUCCACAAGCACACGUCUCGGCCCCGGCCGCAUACGUUCUGUGCCGAAAACGCUCUCAACCCAACGCCAGGCGCGCACUCAUGCUGUCUCAGGCUGGCUCGCAGCGACGGCACGAGACCCUAGCCUCUCGACCGGACUACAGCGCACCUGAGCGCGCCAAAGCUGCAGCACGCAAAACGAGGCCAACGACGGCGCUGGCGAGCAAGGCAGGCUUGGCGGCGAGGCGAAGCCGGCAGGACAGCGGGAACCGCGCGCCCACCGUCAGCCAAACCUCGGGCGGCUUCUUCGCAAGAUUCCCGCCGGCCGAGGGCGGCGGCGCGGGCACACAGCCGCCCAGAACAAAGCCGCUGACCUCUCCGCCCUCUCGACGCCAAGGGCGCGAGCGACUGCUGGCACGAGCCAACGCCCGCACCAAUCAAGCCAUCGCUGACGCGGCAUACCAGAGCGCCACAAGUCGACGGCGGCUCGCGCGGGAUUCUCACCGACGAGCCCACACCGCCUACGCGCCUUGCGCGGCGGCGAGCACGCGCUGCUCGCGCCAGCAAGCCGCUGGCCCUGGGCUGCUGGGGCCGCGGCCCCGACGGCUACGGGCUGGCGGCGGGGGCGCCCACCCGGGCACCCCGGGCCUGGAGCAGGUGCGCACCCCCACCAGCACGUCGGCCCAGGACGAGAUCCACCCGCUGGAGAUCCUGCAAGCGCAGAUCCAGCUCCAGCGGCAGCAGUUCAGCAUCUCCGAAGACCAGCCGCUGGGCAUGAAGAGCAAAAAGGCCGAGUGCCCCGGCCAGAACGGGGAGGGCGAGUUGAACAGUUGUUGCUCGGAUAACGUCAAAGGGGCCAUGAGCACGAUAGACCUUGACUCUCUGAUGGCAGAGCAUAACUCUACCUGGUACAUGCCUAGCGAGAAGUCCUUGAUGGAGGGACCAGAGGAGGACAAACCUAUGGCACCGUGGGAGAAGUCAAAGCCUCAGAAUCCCAGCAAAGAAGCCCACGAUCUUCCCCAGAACAAGACCUCAGCUGCGGCGCAGACUGGCAGCCAUUUGCAAUGCCUCUCAGUCCACUGCACGGAUGACAUGGGCGAGUCGAAGGGCCGGACUGCGGUGCCGACAUGGAGAUCCCUGCACUCAGACAUCUCCAACAGAUUUGGGACUUUUGUGGCUGCCCUGACUUGAACAAAAGGAAAUUAUUUUUUUCUCUUAAUUUUAAAGGGCCGAUACUUCUACGUGGACUAUUUUUCUAGGUUGGUACCUGCUUAGUGGCAUAUGGACUGGAAAGGGUUAAUUUAAAGUAAACCUCAAUUUUUUUAAUCUUCUGCCACAGUAUGUUACCAGUGUUAACCCUUCUGCAGUUAGCACACUUUUGUUUAAGAUUUUCCUGUUAGAUCAUUUCCCCUAUUAUUCUGUGAUCUUGGCAUACGUUUAUAGAUGAGGCCUUUUCCUUUCAUCUCAACGUAUGUCCAAGUAGUGUGUCAUAAUAAGACAGAUACUUCUCCUUCUUUUUUUUUUCUUCUUCUUUUUUUUUGCCUCACCCCCUCCUCAGCUUUGUUCAGUGCUUAUUAAAAUGGAAAUCCUGAAGAACAGCAGUUCAGGAAUAAAUGCCGGUUGAAGUGAAAUUGUCAUCAUAUUAUAUAUUGACACCAAGCUUUCGUCAGUCACAACCAAACCAAACAAUUAAUGCUCUAUUAAGUAUUCAGUCUGUGAUUUUUGUCUCUCCUGAGAUAAUUUAUUUUUUGUUAUCAAGAAUACAUUCAGCCUUCAUCUCUUGCUGUUAAGUGGAGACAACUAUUCAGUUUAUUUGCUGACUUGAAGCCCAGAUAUAGAGUGUUAUUCUGAACAAUAGGGCCUGGAGCAGUGAAGCCUGAUUGACCAAACAUGUUUUAAAAAAAAAUUGAAACUGCCAGUUAAAGCAUUUUAAUCCCUUUUCCACCAAGGACCAAGGUUUGAGUGGGAUUCCUUGCACCCUUCUCUCUCUCACUGGGGAGACAUGGGGAGUGCAGAUCACCUCCAGGACACAGUAUGUAUCUAAAGUCCCCACAUCUUUAAUUUUGCUCCCAGAAGAAGGGAAGUUUAAAUACCACAUUAUCUCUGUAAUGGUUGAAGCAGGGGCUCCUUUUAAGGAAAAUCACACAUACCAAACCCCGUUUGUACUGUGCUCUUCCUGUGAAACAACUUCCUGAUACAUGAAUGUAAAAAAGCUCUAAUUCCUUGACAUGAGGAACUCCCCUGUGCUAGGCUAAAUUUAAAUCGGCCAUCCAGCCGUUACUUAGGCCUUGUCAACACUACCACUUAUGUUAGCAAAACUUAUGUCACUCAGAGGUGUGAAAAAAACACCCCGUGGACGACAUAAGUUUCGCCAGCAUAAGUGACAGUGUACACAGUGCAGUGUCAGUGGGAGAGCUUCCCCUGUGGACACAGUUACCGCUGCUCGUUGGGGUGGUUUAGUUAUGUUGAUGGGAGAGCUCUUUACCAUCAGCAUGGAGUAGCUAUGUGGGAGAUCUUACAGUGGCACAGAUAAGGGUUGCCACAUUUCUUAUUUCCCUUGAGGCCCAGCCCCCUUCUUUGCCUCUUCUCCCCCCCUCACCUCCAAGAUACCUCCCACCGAUGCUCACUGGAUCAUCUCCACCUCCCACCCCACCCCACCCACCAGCUAGGCUCCCUCUGCUCCGGGGCUGGGACAAGAGCUGCUGCAGCCUGACAAGGAGCCUGUCUGCAGGUAGGAGCGGCCCCAACUGAGGAGGGGCUGACAGGGGUUAAUGACUCAGCACCUCCCCUUGCCCUGCGGUAACCGGAUUGUUGGUGUCUGGUCAGUACAUCUGACCAGACGCUGCCAGGUCCCUUUUUCAACCAUACUUUCCGGUUGAAAACCAGGCGCCUAGCAACCGGACACAGAAGCCAAAAACCGGACUGCUUGGGUAAAACCUGGGUGGGUGGCAACCCUAGUGCAGUUGCAUCGAUACAGCUGUGCCACUGUAAGCUCUCUAGUGUAGAUGUAGCCUUAAAUUACCAAAGUAGUCACAAGUCAGCAAUGAAGCAAAGGCGUCAUUUUUUGGCUAAAGAAGAAGGUGCCUCAGAUUGCUGGUAAAGUUUUUAGUAUAGCUGCUUGUCCCCUUUUUCCACAGCAGGGCUUUGGUGCCAUUACUCAAAGUGCUACCCUUUAAUGUAUGUGACUGAGAAUAUUGAAUAUGUGAGAUAAGGCAUUUUCAGGAGUGGAACCAAGCAUGAAGCUAGGAAAUUUGGUACAUAUCAGUGUGUACUGGUGGGGAUCCUUUUCAUUCUAGCCAGUCCUCACAUUUGUGCACCUGUAUGUCAGAGAUUAGCAUUCUCUAAACUGCCUAGGGUGCUGGUGGAGCCUAAAGUAGAUCCCAUAAUUCCUGCUGGUAAAGACAGUUUCUGUUUGACAUUUGUCGUGUUUUAAGGACAGUAUUAUUAGAUACAUACAAUAAAAGGAAACCAUUCUUUCCUGCCCUUCAUAGAUAAUACUCAUCAGGACAGAAAGCUGGAAACAAAUGAGCUAAAAACAAAAAUUAAAAGAUGAUCAGACACUGGUGUGGUUUUACAUAACGCUAUCUAUAAUUUGCGUAGCCUCUGCUUACAGUAAGACUAAACGCUCCCACCGUUGUUCAGACGUGUUCAGUCCAGUGAUGUUGUAACAGUUUUUAUAGUGGGGAUGCUGAAGGUGAAAACCAUGUAUUUGGGUGUUUGUUACUAUUUCAAGCCAGGGGGUGUGGCAGCACCCCUACUUCCAGCACUCAGUCUCCUCCACUCCUUUGUGGUUACUAAGACCAUUGGAGGAUUAGAUCAUAGCUGUGAAAUAAAGGACUGAAACACCAUGGUUAUUUGUCACUUGCUUCAUGGAUUCACAGUGUGCCCCGUUUUGAGGGUUGGGUGUUCAGAGGUCUGUCUUGAAUUUAUCUUGGAUGGUCGCAGUGGGCCAUUGGUUUUUAAGCAGAGUUCUGUAUUGAUACCACUGGGGAGGGAAUUGUGCUUAAAAACUCAUGGUAUAUUGUGGUACUGAAAUCUUUCAAUCAUGCUGUUUCAAAACUCUCAACAUUUUAAAUGAUGUUACAGAUGGUAUUUAACUUGUCACGUUCUCCUACCUCUCUUAUUUGGAACAAGCUCUCAUUGGCCUUAUGUGGAUUUAUUUUCCAGUUGUGUAACUGCUUACUGAGUUGACUUGGGUAAUUUUUUUUUUAAACUAGGAAAUUAUAAUAAGGGUCCUUGAGUUUUAGUUGUUGUUUGUUUCAGAAUUUAAAAAACAUCCCUGAUUUUGAGAAACUUUUAAUCUUUUUUUAAAAAGAUUUUAUUGACGCUGGAACGGUUACUGGAAAUACGGAGUUUGCCCCGGCUAUAAUUUGGUGAAUAUGGAGUUAGCUUGUAUUCAUGACGCUUGGCUGGAUCCAGAUGAAAGGCUCAAAUCUUCUACCCUUCACCUACUCUAAAUAACAUUGUAUGAGGUAAUAUAUAUCCCGAUGUAACAGUUGUUACCCAGCCUUACUUUGGAGAACGUGACCCAACCCAAGAAAGCACAGUUUAAGUCCCAGUUCCACAGAGUACUUAAGUAUAUGCUUAAUUUUAAAUAUAAGUAAUUCCAUCUCUAGUCAUCAAAGCACUUAUGCAUGUGCUUUCCUUGAGGCACGUGUUUCUCUCGUUAGCUUUAAUGGAAUUUAAACCAAGUUUUAAAAAAAAAUAGGAGGGGGAGGAAAUUUGGUUCAGUCUCUGGAACUGCCUGUUUGUUUAUCAGAACUGUUUGGACAAUACUGCAGAUCUGCUUAACCUUUUUGGUAGCUUUGUUCCAUCCACCAUGUCUCCCUGACUUGUAAAUGGCUUAUUCUCACCUUAACUGAGGGACAGAAUGCCAGCUGCCUAAUAGUAAUUAUUGAGGUGAUACCAGCACAUUGCAGUGGGAUUUCAGGGUGCCUAUUUGCAAAAUUCUGGUGGAAUAAGGUAUAUGCAUUUAUUGACCAGGUCAGUGUUUGUUACUAAGUUUUUGUUACCUGUGAUAAGUUUCCUGUCCAGCUUCUCCAUUGAUUUGAUGAUAAGUGCGCUGAUUUUUUUAAACAUAUACAAAAUAUCAGCAAAGCAGUAGAUUAUUAUAAAAAAAAAAUUAGUUUCUGGAAUAAUGAUACUUGUCUUCAUUUUUAAAAUGCUUUGAGAGCUAAAGAUGAAAAAUGCUGUGUGAGAGCUAUAUAUCACUAUAUCUUUAUUUUAUAGGGCAGGAAAGCUACAGGUGGGGAGUGACUUGAGAUGAGUCCCAGAGCUGGGACUGUAACACUGUUCUCCUAACUCCUAGUCCAGUAUCAUACCCGUUGGCCUAUCUGCUUCUUCAGUAUAAUUUUAAAACUCCUGCCUUUGAGGACAAUCUAAUCCAAUAAGUAAUGAAAUUCAGUGAAUUGCAAAUGCUGCAAAAGUGGCUGCAUAAAGCCAAAAAAAACGUUUAAAGUGCAUCUGCAUAUUUUGAAAGACUUCAUGGAGGUGAAAACAGUAGUUUUAUGUUAAAUAUGCAUUUAUCAUGUGUACAAGUUUCAUUUCGUGCUGCAAACAGCUGCCUGAAAUAAUAUGGCUUCAUACUGCAGUGUCCACUUUGAUCUGCCUGGCAUUUUCAGUUGCUGUUCACAGGCACGUAGUAUAGGCAGCAGUCUAAGCAGCAUUUUAGAAAUUAAAUCUUUUAGUUCCGACCCCUUGAGGGUAAAUUUCUCCCUGCACAGUGUUUGCUGACUUUUUUGAUAUAUGUUAAAAGAAAUUUCAUACUUACACUUUGAGUUUAAGUAUAGUAGCAUAUUGAGCAAAAUAUCUUUUUUUUUUUUUUUUCUUUUUUUGUUAUGGGGAGUGAUGAGUCAUCCUUGUCAAAAAA